UACGCUGCCAAUUGCGGGGUGGUGCCAAGCAACGGACGUGAAUUCCGCCGCGAUGGCACUAGGCUUGUUCCGUCAGCGGUGAAAGCAUCUGUGGCAGAACCUUUUGCUGUGCACGAACUUUUCGUGACGGCCCUCCAAAAGUUGAAAACGUUCAAAUAACCAGCGAAAAGGUGAAGAUGGGCAUCAAGAACCGCAAGAGAGAGCGCGAGCCAGCGCAGGUCGAUGAUGUCGAAGAAGCUCCCGCCAAACGCCGCAGACAGCUCAACGAAGAGCACGUGAAGCUCUCGAAGCUCUACGAGGAUCUCGCCGCAGAGUCUGAUGAAGUCCGAUUUGAGGCUGCGAAACAGAUUAUUGUGAAGUUUUCGCCCGAGAGCAACCCAGCAGCAAGAGAGGUAGAAACGGCGUUGACCCGUUUGAUCAAGGGUCUUUGCAGCCAGAGAAAAGCUGCCCGAGUUGGAUUUUCACUCACACUGACCGAGUUGCUGCGUCAAAUCUUUGGCGGCAUCAAGAUUGAAGGUCUGGAUCACGAUGUCGCGUCGAUCAUCAAGAUGGUCGACGAGAAGACCGAGAUUGAGGGAAACGUUCCUGGACGGGCCCGACGAGACCAUCUGAUCGGGAAAUUGUUCGGGUAUAAGGCUGUCAUGCAGUCCUCGAUAGUCAUUGAACCGGAGCUUUCUAUGGAAUGCUGGAACCAACUUCUGGACCGGAUCUGUGGAAUGGCACGCGACGUACCUUGGCUGCGCGAGGAAUGUGGGAUGGUUCUUGUAGAAGCUGUGAAGAGUCUCAAGGCCCAGACGCAGCUUGAGCAGUGCGCUGACGAGGCAAUUGCACGUCUAACGCCUUUUAAGCUGGUCAGCACGCCGCAAGGAGUUGCAGUAUGGCUGACAGUCCGAGCAAGCUAUGAGAAGGUCCUGCCAGAGGGCGUCUGGCAUCAGAAAGAUCCUCUAUCAAGGAAAGAGCGACCGCGUCUGGCGAAGCUGAUGAAGGAGGACUUUCACGUUGAUGCUGAGACCGCGAAGGAUGAGGCCAUCAAGUCAGCUGCUGCGAGCCCGAAUCCCACUUUUGCCUGGAAUCUGGUCUUUGGCGAGACCUUACGACGAGACGAAGAGAAAAAGGGCAGUGCUAAAGAGCCACCAAAGCCCGAGUUUCCUCAGCUAUGGAUCGACAUUGUAGACAACAACUUGUUCUCCAUUACUUCAUCCCAUGAGCGCAAGUCAUGGGGCUUCAAGCUCUUCAGCAACAUGAUAACGCAGGUACCCGCAUGGGCAGUUCCCGCGCUGUUCAGCCCCAACCUCAUGAGGACAGUCAUCAAUCAAAGCAAGAAGGAUGACAGGUUUCUGCAUACUGCAGCACUUGCAGCUCUGAGAUCAGUCCAUUCGAGGGUCGAGCAGGACUGCAGCUCUGCAUUUCCCAUCGUUGUGGCGCUCACGACGAAGCACGGCAGCGUUGAUUUCGACAGGUCUACUAAGACGAAGACGCUCGAACAAGUCCUUGUUUCAGCAGAUGACAGCGCCUUGAAGAAGAUUGUGCGUCACCUCAGGUCUGUCAUCCUGCGUCCUGAGACAGAGGAGCAAAACGUCGCAGAUAGCCGUCGACAGAUCAUCGCCGAUCUUCUUAUCAGCACUGUAAAACAGUUCAAGCGCUACGAUGAGCUAUCGGAUGACGUCUUCGAGGGCGAGAAUUGGCUCCGCAGCAUCCUCGAGCUUCUUGUAGAGUAUGCAUACUUCACACCUUCAAAGGAUGUAAAGACAAGCAAGGUGCCGCUUCCUCCAAUCAGCGAAGCUAGCAGGACGAUGUUCCAGGAACGUUUGUCUUCUUGCCUCACAAGGUUGCUCGGUGUUGAGGCCGGCUCCAAAUCUUCUUUCGCAUCGAUGAUUAUGAAUAUCCUUCGCGCUAAGAAGUCUUCCACCAAGACCUUCGAAUCGGUGUUCAAGGCCGAGCCGAACGUCAUGGAGACAGUAGACAAGGCAUUCGAGACGCUCGACAAGAUCUCCAAAAAGGGCUCAAUCGCUGGCAAUAAGAUGGCUGCUGAGGGCUUCGUGCUCCUAUACUCGCUAACGCUACUGCAAGUCUACAAUGGAGACGGUGACGCGAUCAUGAUGCUCGACGACCUUGAUGCCUCUCGUAAGGCAAUGGUGAAGAACAAGGACUCCGGCGAGGGCUCUGAUGCAUUCGUUGAGAUUGUCCUGUCCUUCCUCGGCAACCCGCGCACCUUGUUCCGCAAGAUCGGUGAAGAGGCGUUCUCCAUUUUUGCGUCUGAGAUCGGCUCGGAAGGGCUGCAGUCGCUCGCUGAGAUUUUAGACACUGCUGAAAACUUCGAGGGCCAGAAAGAGCUCUUCAACCAGGGCGACGACGACGCCGAGGAAGCCAAGUCCGACGACUCUAAUGAUGAGUCGGAGAUGGACUCAGAUGUCGAGAUGGUCGACUCGGACGUGGAACUGGCCAACGAUGAUGCGGAAGACGAUGACGAAUCUGGCUCUUCGGACGGUGACAGCAGUGAGAGCGAUGAAGAUGAGGAUGAUGAGGAAGAUGAUGCAGAGUUGACGCAAUUCAAUAACCUGCUCCAGAUGACUCUCGGCACAGCAAAGGCAGAUAUGGACGGCGAUGACUCUGACGACUCCGACAUGGAUGAUGAGCAGAUGAUGGCGCUGGAUCCUCAACUCAGCAAGAUCUUCAAGCAACGCAGCCAGGUCACCAGCCAGAAGAAGGACCGAGAGGAUGCGAAGCAGAACGUUGUCCAGUUCAAGUCAAGAGUCCUCGAUCUCCUAGCUAUAUAUCUGGACAAGCAGUACUCAAACGCACUCACACUUGAGGUCCUUCUGCCUGUGCUGCGCCGCACGCGCGCCAGCGCAAACAAGCAGUUGGCCGAGAAGAGCACCAAGAUGCUCAAGACAUACUUCGACACUCGCUCGAAACACAAAGCCCCCUUGCCCAAGCCUGAAUCUGUCGAGACAGUAUGGGCAAUCUUGAAGGGCAUCCAUGAGGAAGCGAAGAAUGGUGGUGGUGCUAAAGCUCAUGCAGACGUCUGCAGCAGUGCUAGCCUGCACGUUGUCAAGGUCCUUGUGGGUCUUGACAAGGCAAACUACGCCGGCGUUGUCGACGUGUAUGCCGAGACACAGAAACAAUGGUUCGCGGACAGGAAGUCACCUCUGCAGCCCACCUUGUUCACGCAAUUCCAGAACUGGUCGAUGAACGCCCAGAAACAGAGCAAGUAGAGGCGGCCGUACGCAAGUUGUAAACCGUUACCCCACAAUCGCAACACGAUUUCUCACCUCAAUAACAUCCGCAGUACAUGCGACUUACACGUGAAUAGAGAAGCUAGCGCUUAACGCGUAAUUGGUCCAUAUGCCUUGCUGCAUUGGGUACGAUAGUCCUUGCAGUAGGGCAAUAUCGACCGCCGUGGCGCUUGCAGCCGCAGAUCUGACGGCUCGAUAAUCUUCCUUCCAGAAACAGCCUGACUUUGAUUAAGUCACCUCGUGCCCCUCGUCGCACAGCUCGCCUGUGGUAUGUGUACCCCACAUUUGCUGGACCUGCAGGCCACGUGGAUGUGUGGCUCGCUUGUCAGACUUCGAUUGCACCGUCGUCCGUCUCCAAAGCGGUAAUCGACAAUAUCAUCUAACCAC